AUGGAGCACGAGACGAAUGACUUUGAGCAAGGAUGGGACGACAUGCAGCCUAGUAUCACUAAGCUAAAACGAUUUGUGGAAGGACUUCCUGAAUCUUCAUUUGAUGCUAGUGACUAUAUGAUGCUUUACACAAGUGUCUACCGCAUGUGCAUCCAGAAACCUCCUCGUAAUUACUCACGGCAGCUUUAUAACAAGUAUGGUGAAGUAAUUGAGGAUUAUAUUAACUCAACAGCUUUGUCUGCAUUAAGGGAGAACCAUGACGAUGAAUAUAUGCUGCUACAGGAGCUGGUUAAAAGAUGGUCUACCCAUAAAAAGAUGGUAAAAUACCUAUCCAAGAUCUUCCACUAUCUUGAAUAUUCCUUCAUUCCUUUCCGUUCACUCGCACCACUAAAAGAAGUUAGCCUGGCAUGCUUCCGUGACCUGGUUUAUAACAAGCUUCAACUCAAGGUGAAGCUGUAG